UAUUUAUAGCAUUAGUGAAAGAUCUAACGUAUAAUACAAGAAAAAUAAGGAUAUAUAUAUAUAUAUCUAAAUAAUGGUUCAGCAUGCGGAAUACAUGGAUGUUGCAGAUUCAGAUUUUCUCAGUAAUAGCAAAGAAUUUGAUGAUGAUGACUCAGAAUUUGAAACUGUGUUUGAGAAUUACUUUGUAUUCUCCGCCGUCAAGAACAGCUUCUUUGGCCGGAAAAGGCCUCUGCAUGUUGUACUAGGUUCCGGUAAAGCUGCUGACAUUAUACUGUGGAGAAAUAAGUGGAUCACAGCAAGCAUUCUAGUUGGUGUAACUUUCAUAUGGUUUAGUUUUAAAAGGAUGGAAUACACAGUGCUUAGUUUCAUUUGUGACUCUCUCGUAAUCCUAUUGGCAAUGUUGUUUCUAUGGACACAUCUAACCUCCUUCAUUAACAUAUCUCCACCUAAAUUAUCAGCACUCAUCUUACCUGAAGGGUUGCUUGUUAAUACUGCUAUUUCAAUGACAAAAAAACUUAACAAACUACUCAUAACAUUUGGAGUCCUAGCUUCCGGACGAGAUUUCAGGAAGUUUAUUUUGGUUACAUGGACAUUAGGAGCUGUCUCAGUUCUUGGCAGUUUGUUCACUGCUGCAACUAUCUUCUACAUAGCGUCUGUGACUUUGCUGACUGUGCCAGCAGUGUAUGAAAAGCAUCAAGAUAUUAUAGAUAUCCUUUUUGAGAAGGCGCUGAUUGAAUUAAAUAAUCAAUAUGCAGAGCUGAUGAAGAUGUUUUUUGGAAAGUCUCAACACUUGCAAGAUAGCAAUCUAGAAUAGAGGGUGCAGGGUUAGAUGUGAGCAUGAGUCACAACUAACUAUGCGGCUAUCUUUUUAGCAGAAAGCGGCCUAGCCAUAUGCAGAAUCUGGUCCAUGGUUUGGGAGGGUGACAAGCAAUGGCUAGAAGCCGACCAUAACCGACAGCAGAUCAUGGUUAUAGUAUGAUAAAGACUCAUGGAAUGAAUGAAUUAAGAGAACAAUUACAAAUUUGCAACAUUCAAGAGACAGAAAACACGUUCCGCUUCAAUGAACUAGACACAAACUCAGUGAUCCUUCUUUUUCUUCAAAGCAUAACUUCAUUACAGUUAUGAAAUUUUUGUAUUUGUUUUUAUCAAUUUCAUUCUGUAAUAAAAGGGAGUCCACAUAUGAGAAAGGGUAAUUCUAGAAUCUGCAGUUGCUUCUAGGCACUCCCAUAACAUGUUUUGCACAUUACAUAAACAAGAUUUAUAUAAUCCAAAUACUCACCUUUGACAUCAGUUUGUUCAAAAGACACAAUACCUAGUAAUCUGUGGGAUUUUCAAGCAAAAGAGAACAUCAAUUUUACCACAAUAUCUAUACUUCACUCAUUUGGGGCAUAAAAACAAUGCCUAGAACUUGAAUUCUAAGGACAAGACUUCAGCUUUAAAUAAUUAUACUGCCUUCCAAAAAUUACAAAA